CGAGUAUACCGCUACCCAUUGUCUUACACCUUGAGAACAACGCACUGAACGGUCAUCAUGGGGUCUUCCGGGACUUUUGAGCUUGCAGGCCGACAAUUUCCAAGGGUUACAUGGUACAAGGACCCUGGCAUGAGGAAAACUUACAUUUGCCUCAUGUUUGUCGUGUUGACCUCCGCAACGAAUGGUUAUGAUGGCUCCAUGAUGAAUGGAUUGCAAACCCUGUAUUAUUGGAAAGAAUAUUUUAACCACCCCAGUGGUUCAAUUCUCGGCAUCUUGAGCGCAAUCAUGUCGCUGGGCUCAUUGGCGGCGCUGCCUGCGGUACCCUAUACCGCGGAUUAUCUUGGCCGCCGGAUGGGAGUUCUCAUCGGGUGUCUCAUCAUGAUCCUAGGUGUCGUUCUGCAAGGCAUCAGUGCCAACUACGGCAUGUUCUUGGCGGCCCGAUUCUUGCUCGGGUUCGGAGUUGCCAUUGCGCAUGGCGCUUCCCCCUUGCUGAUCACCGAGCUCGUGCAUACCCAGCAUCGUGCCGUCUUCACUACGAUCUAUAACACGACGUGGUACGUGGGCGCUAUCGUUGCGGCAUGGCUCACCUUUGGCACGAACAACAUCCAAAACAACUGGUCCUGGCGGGCACCUACCAUUGUCCAGGCCGUCCCCUCCGUCCUACAGAUCAUUUUCAUCUGGUUUGUUCCGGAGUCACCGCGGUUCUUGAUCUACAAGGGCAAACAUGAACAAGCCCUGAAAGUCCUGGCAGACUGCCACGCCAACGGCAACCAGGAGGACGAAGUCGUGCAGCUGGAGAUGCACGAGAUCAAGGAGACCAUCCGGCUGGAAAAGGAGUACGAGAGCAAUAGCUGGAUGGAAUUGAUCCGGACAAAGGGGAACCGCCACCGCCUGAUCAUCCUGAUCACGGCCGGCCUGUUCUCGCAAUGGUCCGGCAACGGACUGGUGUCGUACUACAUCUCGAAGAUCUUGAAUUCGAUCGGAUACACCAAAUCCGUCGAACAGAACCUGAUCAACGGCUGCCUCCAGAUCCUGAACUUCAUCAUCGCUCUCUCGAUGUGCUUUGUCGUGGACAAGGUCGGCCGACGCAGGCUCUUCCUCAUCUCCACGAGUGGCAUGCUGGUCGCGUUCAUUGUCUGGACCAUCUGCUCGGCGCGGUAUGAGAUCGCUCACAAUCACGGCGCCGCCAACGCCGUCGUGGCCAUGAUCUAUAUCUACUACGUCUUUUACAACGUUGCCUGGUCGGGCCUGUUGGUUGGGUACACGGUCGAGAUCCUGCCGUACAGUAUCCGAGCUAAGGGCAUGACGGUGAUGUGGUUCUGCAUCGAUGCCGCGCUGUUUUUCAACCAGUACAUCAACCCCAUCGCCAUGGACAAUCUGGGCUGGAAGUACUACAUCUUCUACUGCGUCUGGCUGGGAGUCGAAUUGACUGUCGUGUGGUUCUUCUACAUCGAGACCCGCAACACUCCACUCGAGGAAAUCGCGAAGCACUUCGACGGUGACCAAGCGGUGGUGGGAGGCGCGGCUGGAGUCGGCAAGGGGAUGGAGGAGGUGCACCAUGUGGAGGAGACGUCGAAGGAUGGAGGGUUUGUUCGGGAGGUGCACGUCUAA